AUGGCAAUCACCAAAACUUCUGAUAAUUCAAACAAUGCUGAAAAUAGCGUGAUAAAGAGCAAUGAAUUCAAUAUCAGCCAAAAUUCUUUCCCGUUUGCUUCAAACAUGGAUACUCUAUCAAUUAACGAAGGAUUUGAUCCCGAGACAUUAUAUUUUGAAGAUUUUGAUGGUGUUUAUUACGAAGAACCAGAAGAAAACUAUAGAAAUGAUUAUUUCUCCCAUGUAUCAGAUUGUAGUUCUGAUGUCUCUUCGACUGCAGAAGAUAGCAUUUAUUCUACAGCUAGCAGCAUUUCAACACAUGAAAGUGACAAUUUUUUAUCGUACUCGCGAAACAUAUCCAUUUCAAAAUGUUCGUUCCCAAAUAAAGAUGACAAGGAAUCUACAGAGAUUAGCAUCAAUACGACCGAGAAAUUCUUCAAUAUGACUCCUUACAAACAAAAAAUUUGUGUUACUAGUAGAGAUUUCUAUAACGAUAAUACUACAAACCAAUAA